GUCUCGGGAGCGCGCUGACUGGGCGACUGCCUAGCUGAGACUUGCGGGCCUGGGGGCUUCCGGCCGCGUGUCGCCGUGUUGCCCGCCUCGUCGUCAGCGCAGCCGGCCUGACAUCAGGCCCGAGGCCGGGUCGCCAUGGACUUCUCCAAGUUCCUGGCUGACGACUUCGACGUGAAGGACUGGAUCAACGCGGCCUUCAGGGCAGGCCCCAAGGAGGCGGCGGUGGGGAAGGCGGACAGCCACGCGGCCACCCUGGUGAUGAAGCUGCAGCUGUUCAUCCAGGAGGUGAACCACGCCGUGGAGGAAACAAGUCUCCAGGCCCUUCAGAACAUGCCCAAAGUGCUCCGUGAUGUGGAAGCCUUGAAGCAGGAGGCCUCUUUUCUGAAAGAACAGAUGAUUCUUGUCAAGGAGGACAUUAAGAAAUUUGAGCAGGACACCUCACAGUCCAUGCAGGUGUUGGUUGAAAUCGACCAGGUGAAGUCUAGAAUGCAGCUUGCCGCUGAGUCUCUUCAGGAAGCAGACAAGUGGAGCACGCUGAGUGCUGAUAUUGAGGAGACGUUUAAGACUCAAGAUAUAACUGUGAUUUCUGCCAAGCUAACUGGUAUGCAGAAUAGCUUGAUGAUGCUUGUUGAUACACCAGACUACUCAGAAAAAUGUGUGCACUUGGAGGCUCUGAAGAAUAGGCUGGAGGCUCUGGCCAGCCCCCAGAUUGUGGCAGCGUUCACCUCUCAAUCUGUAGAUCAGUCUAAAGUAUUUGUGAAGGUUUUUACUGAAAUUGACCGGAUGCCCCAGCUCCUUGCAUACUACUACAAGUGUCAUAAGGUCCAGCUUUUAGCAGCUUGGCAAGAGCUGUGCCAGAGUGACCUUCCCCUGGAUCGGCAGCUCACUGGCCUCUACGAUGCCUUGCUUGGGGCUUGGCACACGCAAACUCAGUGGACUACACAGGUUUUCAGGAACCCCCAGGAGGUGGUGACCGUGCUGCUGAUUCAGACCCUGGGAGCCUUGGUGCCUUCUCUGCCCAUGUGCCUCAGUGCAGGUGUAGAGAGGGUGGGACCUGAGCUGGAGCUCACUAGACUGCUGGAGUUCUAUGACACCACUGCCCAUUUCGCUAAGGGCCUGGAGAUGGCACUGCUCCCCCACCCACAGGACCACAAUCUUGUGAAAGUCGUGGAGUUGGUGGAUGCUGUGUAUGGUCCCUACAAACCCUACCAGCUAAAUUAUGGCAACAUGGAGGAAAGCAACCUUCUCAUACAGCUCAGCGCCGUGCCUUUGGAGCACGGGGAAGUGAUUGACUGUGUGCAAGAGCUGAGCCACUCUGUGAACAAGCUUUUUGGCCUGGCGUCUGCAGCCGUUGACAGAUGUGCCAGAUUCACCAAUGGCCUGGGGACCUGUGGCCUGCUGACAGCCCUGAAAUCCCUGUUUUCCAAGUAUGUGUCUGAUUUUACCAAUGCUCUCCAAUCCAUACGAAAGAAGUGCAAUCUGGACGAUAUUCCUCCCAACUCCCUUUUUCAGGAAGAUUGGACAGCUUUUCAAAACUCUAUCAGGAUAAUAGCCAGCUGUGGAGAGCUGUUGCGGCAGUGUGGAGACUUUGAGCAGCAGCUAGCAAACAGGAUCCUGUCCACAGCGGGGAAAUAUCUGUCUGACUCCUAUAGCCCUCGGAGCCUGGCUGGUUUUCAGGACAGCAUCUUGACAGACAAGAAGAGCUCUGCCAAGAACCCAUGGCAAGAAUAUAAUUACCUCCAGAAAGAUAACCCUGCUGAAUUUGCCAGUUUAAUGGAAAUACUUUAUACUCUUAAGGAGAAGGGGUCCAGUAAUCACAACCUGCUGGCUGCAUCCCGAGCAGCCCUGACCCGGCUGAACCAGCAGGCCCACCAGCUGGCUUUUGAUUCGGUAUUCCUGCGCAUCAAACAGCAGUUGCUGCUCGUUUCCAAGAUGGAUAGCUGGAACACAGCUGGCAUUGGUGAAACCCUGACAGACGAUCUGCCUGCCUUCAGCCUCACCCCUCUAGAGUACAUCAGCAAUAUCGGGCAAUACAUCAUGUCCCUGCCCCUGAAUCUUGAACCAUUUGUGACUCAGGAGGACUCUGCCCUGGAGCUGGCCUUGCAUGCUGGGAAGCUCCCGUUUCCUCCUGAGCAAGGGGAUGAACUGCCUGAGCUAGACAAUAUGGCCGAUAACUGGCUGGGCUCCAUUGCCAGAGCCACCAUGCAGACCUACUGUGACGUGAUCCUCCAGAUCCCAGAGCUGACCCCGCACUCCACCAAGCAGCUGGCCACAGACAUUGACUAUCUGAUCAAUGUGAUGGAUGCCCUGGGCCUGCAGCCAUCUCGCACCCUCCAGAACAUCGUGAUGCUCUUGAAGGCCAAGCCUGAGGAGUACAGACAGCUCAGUAAAGGCCUGCCACGCCGCCUCUCCGCCACAGUGGCCACCAUGCGUGGAGUGAAUUACUGACCAAUUCUGAGAAAAAGGUCCUCAAACAGGGACAGGGCUGCUGUCUGAAGCAUCCUUGGGGACUUUCAGGAUGGAUUCCCAGCAUCUGUCAGAGAUGGGGCAGCAUGCUUUUAAGAUACUUUUUAUUUUUACUUUUAUUUUUUUUACUGUAUAACCAAAAAAAGGUUAUAAGCCAGGCAUGGCAUGAUUGUGUAUCUAUAAUCUCAGCACUAGGGAGACAGAGGCAGGAGAUUGAUGUGAGACCAGUUUGGACUAUAGAGACCCUGUCUCAGCAGGGAAAUGACUGCAAAUGAGAAGUAUAUUGUUUAUUAGAGAGGACUUUUCAGAUGAUUUUUAAAAAUCUUACCUUAAAAAUGUGUUUAAUGAACACUGUGAAAUGAGAAAAGGACCGUUUCCUUCCCUUUCCCUGAUACCUGAGUGCUGAGUGCUGGGACGGACAAAGCCCUCCAUGGGGAGGAAGCAGCAGUGGGCAGGUAGGCAAGAACACUAGCAGUGCAAAUGCUAGGAGAAGGUGGCAGGUGGGAGGGGGUGGACAGCACCUAAAAUAGCAAAACAGGGCCCGAGGUCAGGGUCGGCCAGAGCUGCUGGAGAAGGGGCAGCAGGAAGUUAGUUGGGUGAGAUGUGGGGGCAGAUCAGUGAGGAUUUUGGCUUUUAAUUUCCUCCAUUUUUUUUAACUUUAGAGGAUGAUAUGAAUUUCAUCUUUUUUCCUCAUUGGUCUGUGGCAUCUGUACCUGUCAAGACUACAUUUAGUUUAUAAGUAAUAGAGAAUAAAAUCAU